AUGCCUUUAAAACGGAUAUCGGCUGCUAUCCAGCACGAGAGCAAAAACAACAGCAAUAGGCAGGACACCGAUGAUGGCGACAAGGAUGAAAUAACGGAACGAGUUCGAUUCUUUGUGGAGGACAUUGUGCCUGCUUCGCCAGAAGAGGCGGCAAAAGCAUUUUACGAAAAGUUUCAUUUUCGUAAUAGGACACUUGGGACUGACGCUUUGAGAAAGACAUUGCGACGAAUGUCGACAGGCGCAAAUGGUGCGAAAGUCCAACAUAUCAAAGACAAGCUGUCCGACAAGAAUUUCAAGAAGUGGGAACGCGGCUUCUUUGCACAGCAGGCAGCGCCAGAGGAUAGCCGCGCGGCCAAAAAAGCUAGGGUAGAAGCCAGUAUUCUCGGGCUUGAAGCAAGCACACGCCUGCUCAAGAGCAGUGUGGAGCGUACGGUCAAGGGCGUGGAGGUCUACAACUCUGCGGCGGAGAUAGCAACGACGGAAGUAGAAUCGUCAACAACAGUGCGAUGGGGAAAGUCCCCUUCAAACUCAACCCCAACUCCUGCGGCUAAACCCCAUCCUGUGUCUUCAUCAUCGCCUACAGAUGAUGAGCUUGAAUUCGACCGUCACCGCUUGCGCGAGCGUUACAUGGAUAUGGCGGAUGAAAAGAAGUGGAUGCUGCCAUCAGGCAAAUACGCGGAGGACGCGUUGUAUGAGGCAUCCAAGGACAUUGAGAACUCCAUGCACUCGUUCGUUAUUGACCUUGGAGACAAAAGGACUAGGCAGGCAUUUCGGGGCGAGGACUGGAGAGCCAUCGAAGAAAGAGCAUUGUUGUUGAGCGAUCAACCCAUGCACCAUUUGGUAGAGGAAUAUCUUGACACAUUUGAUUUGUCAGAUUCCGAAUCUAAGCUAGAGAAUCUCAGGACGGCCACAUACUACGACCCAUUACAGGACGCAGAUGCGUCAGAUCUGGGUGAUGCCGCGACAUAUGAGGAAAUCGUCUUCGAAGUUGAACUUGUGAGGAAGCUGAUGUGGGAGUGGUGGCUCUUGUACCAAAAAAGUGCCAACCCAUUUAUCACUGGCACAUCGUUGUCAGAAGCAUGGUGGGCGACUCAUGCGUUCCCUACCCUAGGUUGUCUUGUUGACGAUGUUGAUAAUUGCUUCGCCAUCAAUGGUGAGAAAAGUGGGAUUGAGAGCAGCCGCAGAAAAAAUCGCCAUCGACCUGAGGAGCCUGUCAAGGCGACGCGAAAAAAAGUGGGGACCAAGGCAGACAUUUUCAUCAGGACACUUGGGCAUACGCCACGCGAUUGGUCGGUUACGGAGUCCGGUCAUUUGUGGGACACGUUUGGUAAUAAAGCGAUUGGCGAGAGUCGUGAAAAGCUGUCUAGGCAGCUCAUGGACAUUCUGCGUCACCGCGCCCAGGAGUGUCGCUGGAACAAGAGGUUUCUGGAAGGAGCCAAAGUCCUCGGAUUCGUCACAGGCGGCUCGAAGAUUACCAGGAUGGACAUUAUGUUCGGAGGUGGCCACUACGCGAUGAUAUUAAAGGGCCACGGUCUGUACUCACUGGGUGAAAAUUUGGACCAGUUUAAGUUGAAUCUUAGGGUGGCAAAGUUUCUCCUGAAAUCAAGGGGUGCCGUUAUUCAGUUGAUGCGGCUAUUCAAUCGCAGUCUGCGCCAGAAAGAGGAGGGCGUGGACGACGACGACGAGGAUCAGGAUUAUUUCAAUGACCUAAUCGCAUCGUCCGAGUCAAGCGACAAUUGAACUGUAAUACAUCCAGAUAGCCAGAGUAUCCUGAUACUUGGCCAAAGUCAUGAUUCCAAGUCAAUCGUAAGUAGCCACCGACCCACUAAGUAAGUACAUAGGGACUGUUCAAAGCGAUGUACUUUGGCCAAAGUAUCCGCACUCUAUUUCAAAGACAACAGCUUUUCGCUAGAGCACUUGGAGCUCCUAGUCGAAUUGAUGCCACAGAACACGAAUCCUGUUGGGCGGCUGGACAUAAAUAUCGAGUAUUCAAGCACCAAGAAGAGUGAAGCAACCGUCGCACUGGCUCGCAAACUCAAAGUGAAGGCACCAUAUGUCGGUCUUAGUUACUAAAAUAGAAGCCAAAUAGGUAGCCUACCAUACUUUAAAUCAGC